ACCCGGGCAUUUUCUGAGGACACGAGAGCCGGGGUGCAUGCGGUCUUUCUCUUACAGCUGUCAAAUGAACUCGUCUGAAUCGUGUCUUUUAAGGACUUACAUUUGUAACUGAGAUAAGACAAUUACAUUGAAAUUACUUGGUCGCUGCUGACAGCGGUGCGCAAGCGCGUGAGUUACGAUACAGGGAACUGCGAGCCUCGCGAAGGACUUCUCGCAUCUUUCGCGUCUCGAGAUACAUUUAAAGGAGAAGACCAUCGCUGUUGUGAUAAAAGAGGAGGUUUGAAGCGUUGUAUUGAUCAUUUCAGAAUCGUUUCUCCUCAAACGCAAGCCUUCGCUUCGUCGCUAUCGAUCAUGGCAUGGCCCUGUAUCACCAGGGCUUGCUGCAUCAACCGCUUCUGGAGUGAGCUGGACAAAGGUGACAUUGCAGUGCCUUUGGUUUUCACUAAGUAUUCAGAUGUGGCCGAGGUGCAACAUCUGCACCCGCAACCCAAAACGUUAAUUUCACAGAAGCCACCAGUCACCGCUGAAAGCCAGCCUGCCCAUAGCGCUCAUCAGGAGGCGUCGGCCAAAGCCGCAGCAUCAGCAUCAGCAGCAUCUCAAGACGGAUCCAGCGCUUCUGUGAUGCGAGAGGAUUUCAAAGCCUGGAGUGUGCGUCCAGAGAGAAGCUGUAAACCCAGAAACGAUUAUCAGCCAUCCAAGACCCCUUUCAACAAUAAAACCCAGUAUCAGAAAGAUUAUAAACCGUGGCCCAUUCCGAGAAGGGGAGACCAUCCAUGGAUUCCCAAACCCACUCCUACUUCUGCUGCAUCCGUGAAAGCUGAAAGCAAGUUCUCAAAACAAGAGCAAGCCACCUCUGGGGUUGAAACUGGCAUGGAGAAAUGUGAAAUUGAAGAGAAGCUGCAUGAAAAAGAGAGUAAAGAGAAGAGAAAGAAGUUAGAUAAGAAAGAAAAUGUCCCAGAGUGUGUCAAAGUGGAGCAAGGGCCGACAGAUGUUGCAGUGGAAGGAAAGAGGAGGUCGGCAGCAGAUGCACUGAACAGGCAAAUAAAGCAAGAAGUCACAUCUGGAAGCUCAUAUAGGACGGAGUUCAAGGCUUACACAGAUGUCAAACCUGUGAAAGUCAUCAAAGCAAAAUCUCAGUACAAACUCUUAGUAGAGGAAAAGACCAGGCUGGAGACCAGUUACAGUGCCACCUAUAAAGGCGAGCAGGUCAAACCUCACGCCACAGAUAACAAGCUGAUUGAUCGCCGUCGGAUACGAAGCCUGUAUAGUGAACCUAGCAAAGAAUCCAGCAAGGUGGAGAGGCAUCAUGUAUCACUGUCCAAGCCAAAAAAGAAAACAAGCCAUAGCAAAACAGUGAAAAAAGCAAAGGAGAAGCAAAUCACUGGGAGUCAAACUGCCAAGAAGAAAACCUCAGUGGGCAUCCAGGAGCCAAAGCCAGAGGGAGGGGUCACCAAGAAAAGCAAAGAAAUGAUCAACAGACUAGCCGAGGCAAAAGAUUAAGUGCACUUUUGUGAUAGGGUGUGUGGAGGCUACGAUACAGAAUAGAGGACUCUCAUGCCCUUGUUCAUUACCUUACUCUUAUGGCCCUGCCUUCUGUGUCUUUAUCAACUUAAUUACUGUAGUGAAUCAAGACUUGUCGGUUUGAUUUGCCUUGAGUGUCCAGUCUAUUAUGAAUCCACCUAUGCUUUGGCCCUGCGUCUGCUCCCUUUUCAUAUGCAUUAACAGCUUUCUCUGUGGCAAAAAUAAUUCAUGGAACCUUGUUGCAUGCUGCCUCUGUGCAAAUGUCCAUAAGCCUUAUAUAAGAUAAGGUUUUUGCUUUAUCUUGCAUUGAUAUAUAUUUACUGCAAUCAAUAAUGGUCCUUUCUUUCAAGCAAUCUCAUUUGUGAUAUGGGCUUUAUUUGAAAUCUUUGGACCACACCAAAAUAGAUGCACUACUAGCAUUGCUCAAACACUAAGAUAUUUUUUCACCACUGUUGAAUACACACAUUUUGACUGUAGCAAUUUAGUAUUCCUCACAUUCAAUCUACAGUGAACACAAGAAGUCUUAACUUUCCAUGUUUAUAGAUCGUGCGACAGUACUCUAGACCAGCCAACAAGUGCACAGUUCCAGCACUAUGUUUAAGAAUUUAGCUAAAUUAAAAGGGAUAUUAAAAUUAUUUCAACAUCAGCUGCAAUCAUAACUGGGUUUUUUUUUAACAAUUUGAGGCCUGGUCUCUCUUGAAGUGUAAUUGUUUCCUUGUAGUGUAGAGCAUUAUGCUAUCAAAACAUAUUUAUGCUCAGCUUGCUCAGCUCUCAAUGAAGUGACAUCCAAAUGUGGUAUCCCAUCUGUUUGCUAUGUAAUGAGACAUUUAAAACUGCCUUCCUUCCUUACAUAUAAAAUUGAUGAUAGAAAUGGGCAGAAAGCUGCUAACCAUGCAUUUUAGGUCCAUCUUUUGGGAUUAGGUGUGAUUGACAAGCUCUUGCAGACAGAAGCAUGCCCAUCAUUGUCAUCUCUAUGUGAAUCAUCAUUCUGGUCCAAUCUCUCCAGAGGGGUGGGAGCCCUUUCAGUGAAAUUAUACAGCCUCUUGGUUCUGUGCUCCUCAUGGGUUGUCCUAAACACGUGCUGUGCACACACCACUCUAGGUGCUAUCCUCAAGCUAUGCUUUCCAUUAACGGUAGUGCCUGUAUAUUGAGCAAUAUAGGGCCAUCAGAUGACCAAGUGUUAUUCUGUGUGAUGUGCUUGUGUUGUGAGCUUGCAUUGAAUGAAAAUGAUUAAAAUCAU